AUGCGGCUGCGCUCGGGGGUCUUCGCCUCGUCCUGCCUGCUGGUGCAGGCGCUGGGCGUCGGGCUCUUCCUCCGGGGCUUCUUCCCGGUGCCGGUGAGGUCGCUGCCUCGCAAUGGGGCCAGCGCGCAUCCUCCGCCGGAGCCACCUCCCGCAGGAUUCUCUUCCAACUGGACCAAGACACCAUCUCCUCUCUUUAAAAAAGCUGUCAUAGUGUUAAUCGAUGCCCUGAGGGAUGACUUUGUGUUUGGUUUGAAAGGUAAACAGUUCAUGCCGUAUACAACGCAGAUAGUGGAAAGAGGAACAUCUCAUAGCUUUAUAGCAGAAGCAAAGCCACCUACAGUCACUAUGCCUCGAAUUAAAGCACUGACAACUGGCAGCAUCCCAGGCUUCAUUGAUAUCAUCAUGAACCUCAAUUCUCCAGCCUUGCUGGAAGACAACUUGAUCUGGCAGGCCAAACAAGCCGGGAAAAGGAUCAUCUUCUAUGGGGAUGACACUUGGGUUAGACUCUUUCCCAAACAGUUUGUAGAAUAUGACGGAACAACGUCUUUUUUUGUCUCGGACUACACUGAGGUGGAUGAUAAUGUCACGCGACACUUGGAUAAUGUGCUAAAAAGAGAAGACUGGGAUUUGCUUAUCCUUCACUACUUAGGGCUGGACCACAUCGGUCACCUGAGUGGACCAAACAGUCCUUUAGUUGGGCCAAAGCUUUCUGAAAUGGAUAACAUCAUCAAGAAGAUCCAUACUUCUCUCCUGUCCAAGGAAGAGGGAGAACUGGCUUCGUCCCCUUUACUUGUUGUGUGCGGCGACCAUGGGAUGUCUGAAACGGGGAGUCAUGGAGGGUCCUCGGAGGGUGAAGUGCACACGCCCCUCCUUUUGAUCAGCUCUGCUUUUGACAGGAUGAGUGGUCCCCUGAAGCCUCCAGAACUUGUUCAGCAGACCGACUUGGCCGUCACGUUGGCUCUAGGUCUGGGCUUGCCUAUUUCUAGGAACAGCGUUGGGAAGCUUUUGCUGCCUGUUGUACAACAGAAGACGAUGAGAGAACAGCUCCGGUACUUGCACUUAAACGGCUUCCAGCUCAGCAGGCUUCUCCAGGAGAACAUGGCUACCUAUGAAAAAGAUCCUGGUUUCGAACUGUUUAAGGUGGCAGAAAAAUCUCAUGGAAACUGGAUCAAGCUUUAUUUGGAGGGGAAUACCUCGGAGGUUCUCGUAAACCUCGGCAAGAAAGUCCUGAAGCAAUAUCUGGAGGCUCUCAAGAUCCUGAGCGCCUCCUUAAGCAAGCAAGUGGCCCAGUAUGACAUGUAUUCGAUGAUAGUAGGAACGGUGAUUGUUCUGGAGGUGCUCCUCCUCCUCCUAUUGAGCAUCCCCAAAGCGCUGAGCGGCAGGGCGGAAUUUGAAGUGCCUCUCUCUCCUGUGUGCUCUCUGCUCUUCUACCUGAUGUGCCUGACGCUCUGCGCUGUGCACGUCGUGGUGUGCACCUCCACCGAGAGCUUAUGCUACUUCUGCAGCAUUUCGUGGCCCACGGCAGUUGGAGUGAUCAUGAUGAUUUCUGGGCUCCUGUGUGUCCUUCUGUCUGCCGUAGAAAAAGUAUUUGUGAAUCCAAAGCAUCCAGCAAAGAAUCCAGCUGCCUCCACUUCCAGCUGGUCUGAAUUAGAUGCUCUCAUCCUAGCGGGCACCAUUGGCCAUGUGUCAAGUCUGGCUGCUAGCAGCUUCAUUGAAGAAGAGCACCAGACGUGGUACUUCCUCAUCAAUACCCUUUGCCUUGCCCUGGGCCAGGAGAUCUGCAGGCACCAUUUCUUGGCCAAAGAGUGCGAUCUUCAGCUCCUCUCUGCAGUCAGACGAGGUUCGGGAGAAAGCAAGGGAAUUCCUUGCCACCGCGAGGACGACGUUGACGUCUUGCAGGGUGAUAUGAAAACGGGCAAGUUCACCUCCUCUGCAAACGCAACCGGAUCUGAGAAGUGGAUGGCCUUAGCGACUCCAUGGGUCAUCCUUAUUUGCUGCCGGUUCCUUCGUUCGCUGAAUCAGACUGGAGUCCAGUGGGCUCAUAGGCCGGAUUUGGGACACUGGUUGACAAGUUCUGAACAUAAAGCCGAACUUUCUCUUCUGGCAUCUGUGUCCCUAGUUCUGAUCUUUAUUCUCGUUCAGCGGAGAUGUUCUCUGGUUUCGAAAAUAGCCAUGGCACUGGGACUCUUGGGAGUGUACAGUUACCGGGCAGCCAUUGGAAACGUGGAAUUUCCAUGGCAACAAGAAAGCAAAGAUAUUUCAAAGGGCAUAAUUGAAGGCCGUUUUGUCUAUGUCUUCGUUCUUGGCAUCAUCUUCACUGGCACCAAAGACUUGCUCAAAUCUCAGGUUCUCUCAACAGACACCAAGAUAAAGUUCAAAGGUUUGUGGGAGAUCUACAGUGGGCUGGUCUUGCUGGCAGCACUCCUCCUUAGGCCUCACAACUUGCCGGUUUUGGUCUUCUGUCUGCUCAUCCAAGCCAUGAUGACAAAGUACGUCUGGAAGCCACUGGAGUUUGAUGCAGCUCAAGUGACUAUCAUGCAUUACUGGUUUGGUCAAGCCUUCUUCUUUUUUCAGGGUAAUUCAAACAGCAUUGCCUCUGUGGACGUUUCAGCUGGCUUUGUUGGGCUAGACAACUACGUAGAAAUCCCGGCCGUCUUCCUGACUGGAUUUGCAACGUACUCUGGACCAUUGCUGUGGGCCAUUCAUUUGCUGUGCUAUUUGAGUUCUGAAGUUCACAGGAAUUCUGCAGCGAUGGGGCACGGCUGUUUCUGCUAUGCACUGCUACGUUCCAUCCCAGUUGCGGUGUACGUCAUCUUGGUCACGGGUCUGCGCUACCACCUCUUCAUCUGGAGCGUCUUUUCGCCGAAGCUUCUCUACGAGGGCGUGCACGUCUUCAUCACGGCCGCGGUGUGCACCUUCUUCACGGCAAUGGAUCAGAACCACUUGCGUAAAGUCCAGGACUGAAAGCAACUCUCCGGCAGAACCUUACACAAAUUCGACCAGCUGACUGAAUUCUUACCGUGGAAUGUGGAUUCUUGCCUCUAGAUUACCCAGUGAACUUUAAAGACCAGCCUAUUUUUAGCCGAACAAUGUUUUAUAUAUCAGCUAUGUUGCAAAGAGUCCAUCCUGAAGUGCUGUGGUGUAGAUCAUGGGAGUGAUCUCUUAAACUGCAAAUAAAUGGUUGCGAAUGGAU